CACCAUGUCGAAGGUUUCCUUUAAGAUCACACUGACGUUGGACCCGCAGCUACCAUACAAAGUACUCAGUGUUCCUGAAAGUACACCUUCUACAGCAGUCUUAAAGUUUGCAGCAGAAGAAUUUAAAGUUCCUGCAGCAACAGGUGCAAUUAUUACCAAUGAUGGAAUAGGAACAAAUCCUGCACAGACUGCUGGAAAUGUUUUUCUAAAGCACGGUUCAGAAUGCGAAUAAUUCCUAGAGAUUGUGUUGGAAGUUGUUAAUUUUUGCUGCUUGGAACAUAAAAUCCCCUUCCAGAAUAAAUAUUGACAUUGUUAUUGUUGUAAAAUUGGAGUCAGGCAUUUGAAAUCUUAUG